GACUGUUUCAAUCUGUGAGAUAUUUCUUGGUGUGAGUCACAUUUCUUGGGACAUGUAAAUCAGUAACCGUGUGUUUUUCAUAUUGCUGCAGUGGAACAACCCUAUACGGUGUUGUAAUUACUUUCUAUGUUUAGCACUGACCUUGCAAACGACCUGUUCAGAACUUAUUUGCUAUCCUUUUGAAGUAGGUUUAGUUUUCAUAUAUGUGAGUGAGUGAGAGAUUACUUUUAUGCGAAUUAGAGACACAAAAGUCGGCGGAAACACGGAUAUGUUACUGUUGUAUGCGUCCCUAACAUUCUCUAUAUUAGUGGCAGCCUUUACUCCUUUGGAUAUCUUUCUCAUCUACUUCUUCCACAAAGCUUUAGCUCAGCGCUAAAGACUUUAUGACCAUAAAUUGUUGACAAAUGACUUCAUUUGCAAAAACAAUAUUACGUUACUACACACUGCAUUCAGGAAGAUUGGCUAUAACAUUUUGUGGCUGCCAAGCACAAGACAGAGCAAUAACCAAAAUUGUUAAGCAGAGUUCACUUGUAAACAGAAGAUUUUAUAGUAAUGAAGAGAAAAAGAAGUCGUCACUUACUAUCAAGAGGAAAGAUGAAGUUGGAGCACCAAAAACACUUGAAAAUGUGAAAGAAGCAACAAAAACUGUUUCCUAUAUGGGAAUCAUUCUUGCUGGUUUGGGAUUAACAGGUGUCAUGUUUUAUACAGUGUUCAAGGAAUUAUUUUCUAGUAAAAGCCCAAAUAGUGUUUACUCAAAAACUUUAGAGAGAUGUAUUGAAGAUCCUCGUAUUAUAAAUGCUCUUGGUGAACCAAUUAAGGGUUUCGGCGAACAAACAAGAAGAGGCAGAAGACGACAUGUCAGCCACCUGUUCUACGAACGAGAUGGAAUCAACCACCUAAGAAUGAAAUUUUAUAUUCAAGGCAGCAUGAGACGUGGAACAGUGCACUUAGAAAUGAGAGAGAAUGAUAAGAAGGAGUUUGAAUACAGGUAUUUAUUCGUACAGAUGGAUGAUUUUCCAAGAGAAACAAUAAUUCUUGAAGACAAUAGAUAUGAUGUGCCAUCGCCAGUUGAAAAGCCAUUUGACAAUCUACUUGUGUAAAGCAGUUAAUUGAUUUCCUUGUGCUGUCAGGAUCUCUUUUGUGUGGGUAUAUUUUAUACAAGAAUGCGUAGAAUGCUUUAUACAAAUAAGGUAAUCAUUGUCAGGAAUAAUUUAACUCAAUUGAUGCAGCAGACAUAUUUUGAAAGAACAUCUUAUGUCGAUCAUGUAUAAUACUUUGUAAUUAAUAUUUUUCUUUUUUGGAUAUUUUUAACUCUUCUAUACAAUAUAAGAUUGUGGAGACUGAAUUGUGCAAAUAGCACAUAUACAAGUCAUGUACAAAACAAACACAGUACCUUUACAAUAUUGUGACGUCAAGCUUCAAUGAGUAAUUAAUAUCUUUAGAAUCCUUUUACUGAAAAAGAGAAUUUAU